AUGGUUGUCCCUAAGGCUAAAGUGCCGGAUAUUCUACAGCUGUACCAUAGUGGUUGUUCAGGAGGCCACCUGGGAGUUAAACGAUAUCUCCUGAAGAUCCGAGAACGGUUUUACUGGGUCCACUGUCGUGACGAUGUCGAGGACUGGUGCCGCAAAUGUACAAGUUGUGCGGCUGUAAAGGGACCUCAAAUUCGUAGUAGAGGCGCAUUGAAAUUGUACAAUGUUGGUGCACCAUGGGAGAGGAUAGCCAUUGACGUUGCGGGGCCGUUUCCAGAAACUGAAAGUGGUAACAAGUAUUUCAUGGUUGUGAUGGAUUACUUCACUAAGUGGCCAGAAGUCUUCGCCAUUCCAAAUCAAAAAGCUUCAACCGUUGCAGAUAAACUAGUUCUGAAGUCUUCUGUCGUUUUGGAGUACCUUUAG